AUGAACAUCCUCAGAACACAUUCUAGUGAAAAACCUUGCAAAUGUAAAGAAUGCAGGAAGAACUUUAGUAAUGGACAUCAACUCAUCAUACAUCAGAGAUUUCAUAUCGGUGAGAAACCUUAUAAAUGUAAGGAUUGUGGGAAGACCUUUACCACCUUUUCAUACCUUGUUCAACGUCAGAGAAUUCACACCGUUGAGAAACUCUAUGAAUGUGAAGAUAGUGGGAAGGCUUUUAUUAGAGGCUUAGCCUUUAUUAAACAUGGGAGAAUUCAUAGUGGUGAGAAAUCAUAUGAAUGUAAGGAAUGUGGGAAGACCUUUGGUAGUAGCUGUCAAUUUACUAUACAUCAGAGUACUCAUAGUGGUAUGUAACCAUACAAAUGUGGGGAAUGUGAAAAAGCUUUUAUUAGUAGCUCAUACCUUGUUCAGCAUCAAAGAAUCCAUAAAGGUGAGAAACCUUAUGCAUGUAAGGAAUGUGGGAAAGCUUUUAUAGUUAACUCACCCCUGGUUAGACAUCAGAGGAUUCAUACUGGUGAGAAACCCUAUGAAUGCAAGGAAUGUAGGAAGGCCUUUACUGUGUAUCGACAACUUACUCGACAUCAGAGGAUUCAUACCGAUGAGAAACCUUUUGAAUGUAAGGAAUGUGGGAAGGACUUAGUUAGUUCAUUUCUUAAUGUACAUCAGAGAAUUCAUGCAGGGGUAAAGCCUUACGAAUGCAAGAAAUGUGGGAAGACCUUUAGUCAUGCCUCAUACCUUGUUCAACAUGAAAGACUUCAUAUAGGUGAGAAACCCGCUGAGUGUAAGGAGUGUGGCAAGGCCUUUAGUUCAGGCUCGUACCUUGUCAACACCAGAGGAUUCAUACUGCCACCCCCGCAGUACCAGCCGGCUCCGCGCAGCCCGCACCGGCCGCUCAACAUCCCGCCCCGCCCCCCCACCUCCCCACGGCCCUCUCGGACCGCGCUCCCAGCACAACUACUUAGCCCCGACGCCCCCCAGAACCGCUCACUCAGCACAUCCCCCACCACCGAACCACCACCCGGCAUCGCCCUCCCAGCACCGCCUACCAGUACCGCCCCCAGCCCCCCGACUCAGCUCCGCUCCCCAGUACCCCAACCUUGCACCGCCCACCAGCACGGCCGUGGGCGGGACGGGAAACGCCGUCGGAGGAGACUGAACCUGGAGUCGCCUGGCGCCGGGCCAAUGACAGGCCGGGAGCGCGGCGCCGCUUGGGGCCGGAACUUCCUGCGUUCCAGGCCAGCCAGUCCCGGCCCGGGCCGGGGGUCGCACACCCGCGUCACCCGGCCUUUCCAGAGCUAG